AUGUACAAAGACGAGGAGGGCAAGUUCAACGGCAAAGUCGUGCGAAGAGAGAAGUUUGUGGCCUGGAAAUUCGGCGGCCAGAGAUACGACGGACGCGAUCAAGUGCUUCUGCUUGCCGAGGACAAGCCGCGCUUCAAGAAGUCUGGCCGUGGCGAUAUUCCUGACAGCGAUUCAGAGUAA